AUGGAAGAUGCAAGGAUCAUGCUGAAACUUAGAUUCGCUUCAAGUUUCAAAGCCUUCCAUAAUAUGGCUAAUACUGCCAUGUUGCUAGGCAACUAUGGUUUUAAAAUAUUUAAAAUGACUAAAAAUAGCAAAAUUUCUGCGAUAACGCAUUCUUAUUAUGGUUUUAGAUUGAGAAAAUCUUGUCCUAGAACUGAUGAUUAUGAUAUCAGAAGUCAGAAAGCCGAGAAAAACUUUUAUUCAAGAUUAACAACAUCGGAAAAAUUAACGUAA